CGUCGAAGCUUUGGAUCACAUUGUCUCAAUUCUCAAGAAUGGUGAAGUAGUGAAACCGUCUGGUCUUGAAUACUACAACCGAGAACUGAAGAACCUAGAGGAGAAGCUCAGGUCUGCCAAACAUGUUUCAGAGGCUAAUGGGUUUGAUAUGAAAGCUAUAAAGCCGACAGUUCUGCAGAUGUGGAUGUCACUAUUUUCAGCAUCACCCUAG